UCUCAUCCACUUCCAGUCUCUUGCGUUUGCAUGCCAAAUUGCCGAUCCUCUCUUCUCUCUCUCAGCCGACUUUGCAACUGGCCUCUGCUUUUCCUUUUUUUCGAUAAUUAUCUGUUUGUUUCUCACAAUGAGGAAGCCUUGCUGUGAGAAGAAAGAGACUAACAAAGGAGCUUGGUCAAAACUAGAAGACCAGAAGCUUACUGAUUACAUUCGAAAACAUGGUGAAGGUUGCUGGCGCUCUCUUCCUCAGGCUGCAGGGUUGCUUCGUUGUGGUAAAAGUUGUCGAUUGAGAUGGGUAAAUUACCUGAGGCCAGACCUUAAACGAGGCAAUUUUGGGGAAGAUGAAGAGGAGCUCAUUAUCAAACUCCAUGCACUCCUAGGAAAUAGGUGGUCACUAAUAGCAGGAAGAUUGCCAGGAAGGACAGACAACGAAGUGAAGAAUUACUGGAAUACUCACAUAAAAAGGAAACUAUUGCAGAUGGGAAUUGAACCCAACAAUCGUCGAUCGCUGCUCUCUCGUAUCAUUACCAAAUCAAAUUUUUCAAACGUGUUCAAUUCCGACAACCAACCCUUGAAAUCCGCAAGUGCUUCGGAGGUGAUCUGCACUAGGCUACCGGACUUGAAUCUCGACCUUACAAUUGCCCCUCCUCUAAUGGAAGAGAAGCAGUUAAUUAAUCUGGAGUCUACUCAAGUAGGAUAUAAUGUCUAGAACGAGAACCCAACAUCUGUUAUUAAAUAUUAAUUACAUUUAAUUGCUCAUUUUAUUUAAUU